CAACAAAACUGAAAGUGUACAUAAAAAAAUGUAGACAGCAUGGCCCGUCUUCUCGCUACCGCUGUUGUCAAACUUUUCGAUCGACGGCCCUUCAUCACGAUAACUAGUGUAGCCGGAUACACGUCGACGGGUCUCGUUAGUCAUCUUAGAACUCCGUUGGAGCACGUGAAAGCCUGGCGUGAUUUCGCGACAAGUACCCGCGAGCCUGGUGCACCUCCCUCGCCUCCCGGCGGGCAGCGCGUGCAACCUCGGAAUACGCUAGUCAGCAUCGAUGACUGGGACCACGCCGAACACCUAUACCCGCAAAGCCGUGCACAGCGCGUAUUCACUGCACGUGUGGAGCGCACCCUAGUUGCCGUACUCAACAAUGACUUGCAGCUGCGCUCCUCCUUGGUAGAGCCGUACGGUCUCGUCGUACAUGCCGUACGAAUAUCCCAUGAUCGCCACCGCGCCGCCAUCCUGUGGGACUGCCGCCGCCAGCCCCCGCGGCUGGCGGAGGCAUGCCGGGCAGCCCUGGCGCGACAUGGGGGGCGGGUGCGCAGCCGGCUUGCGAUGGCGCUCGGGGCCCGCGUGGUUCCCUCCCUGGAGUGGCGGCAUGCGGCCCUGGAUGGGCCCACGCAGGUGGCGGUGGCGUUGAUGGACGAGAUUGAGCGGGAAAUGGCUGGCGGGGAGAUGCAGCCGGGUGCGAAGGAGGUGCAGGCGGGGGUAGAGACCGGGAGUUCCGCGGGAGAGAGGUAGCGGAGGAGUAGGGGAGGGAAAAGGAAGGAAAAGAGAGCCAGUCACUGGGGGACAAGUGUUGUGUGUGUUUUGGCAAAGGUGUCAGCUGUGACUUGUAAGGGGCGAGUGCCCAUAGGGUUAGUGUCCCUCACUAUUGAGCUUACCUGGCAAGUAUGAGAGUUCUUGCGUUAUGGUAACGCGCGGGAUGCAUGAAGGUGCAAAGCUUCUGUGACGCCAUCCUCUUCAUGCCUGGCAGAGCGUGCCAUGCACCAGAAACGCAUGGUGCAUUGCGCUCCUACAUGUGGGACAACUACCGAUUGCCAUGCCCGACCAAUACCCGCGCAGCAUGCACGUGGUUGCUGGGGACGUGUGCAUCGGCUGAGCUGCGAGAUGGCCAGUAGGCACGGCGUGCGUGUGUGAGUGCGUGACGCUUUCAUGAGAUGGUUUGUCCCAACAAGGUCUUGCUGUCGCUCCCAGACAUGUGUUGUAGGGCUUCCUUAGCGAUAGCUUGUUGGCAAGACGGGGCCACAAUUAACGCUGGCAACUGGAGCGAAAUUCUGUAAGGGAAUUACCCCCGGUG